CCAAAAAAACGGUGGGAGUAUAUCAGAUGCAGAUUUGAUUCUAAAAGACAUUGAAAGUGAAACAAACAAGGUUGCAACUUUUGCAAGGGUAUUGCUUGAGCUUGAGGCUCCAGAAUCAAGGCUGAAUUUAUUCGGUUUCUCCGUUAGAGAAAAGCUCUGUUAGUCAGUUGAAGUUGGCAAAUACAAAAGAUUCUGAGAUGUAUGUUAGAUUGAUUUAAAGUUUUAAGACGUUGGUAGUAUACUUUACCCUGAAACUGCUAACAAUUGCCGUUAUACAACUCAACCUACGUCACAGGUGAGAGAAUGGUGAAUGAUAAACGUCCUUCGCGAAAAACUAAGGACGAUUCAUCUUCUUCUGCGUUAAAUUCCACGUCUGGUGAUGCUUCUGGUUUGAGGCGGACAACUAGGAGCCUCAAUAAUUCGAGCCCGGUAAGUCUGAGGAAGUCUCAGAGGUUAGAAAAGCGGUCGCCGCCAUCGACACCGUCUUCUUUGAGAAAGAAAAAUGGGAAGCCGAGCCCGUUGCGAAGGACAGUGAAGGAGAAUAGCUCCCAAUCACAAUCUCAAUCUCCUAGCUCCAAGGGGAUAAUGGAGAAGGGUUCACCUUCUUCGAAAGGUUCGAAGGUGUCAAAUAAGGGGCUGAUCACACCGGAAUCUUUGAAAGAGAAGCAAGAUAAGACUUUGAAGGAGAUUGCUGAGGAGGUUAAAGAGCAGAGUAAGCAGAAUCUUGAAGUUGGUAAUAAGAGGAAGAAGAGGUUAGAUGCUCGAUGUUACAGAGACAUGUUUAAGCCUUUAAAGAAGAGUAAAACAUCAACUGAGCUAGAAUCGGGAUCUGAUAAAAAGAGCAGGCUAGAAGAUUGUGAUGACAGUGGAGAUAGUGGUCCGGAGAAGGUUGAGGAAGGACAAGAAGAACAUAGCAAAGCAGAGGGAUCUAAUGGAGAUUGUGCAAACAAUGCAGAUGAUUCUCAGCCUGGGGGUUCCGACUCUGAUGUCAAUAAUAAUAUUUGCGUAGAUGGAAUUUGUCAAUUUGAAGAUGCAGAAGGCCCGGAGGUGUCUAGGGUUCGCAAUCUCCCUUCCCCGUCUUCUCCUAAGAAUGAGGCUGCUAAAAACUCUGAUGAAACUGAACAAGAUCCAACAGAUGGCUCUGUGAUCGAGAAGCUUUCCGACCAGGAAGUGCUGCCAGUUUUAAACAAGCUAUCUGAUAAUGGGGUUGAUAUGGGAUGCAGUCAGAAAGUGACAACUCUUGGGGAUUCUGGUGUUGGAAUUGAAGGUACGAAUACCCGUCCUACAGAUGCUCUCUCAGUGUCGGCUUCAUGCAGAAUGAGUAUUUUGGCUGAGGAAUGUGCCCAGUGUUUCAGAAAACGAAGGCUGGACCGUGACUCUCCAGAGCAGGAGCUCUGCUGUUGUCUUUCGAACACUGAGACCGGCAUGGAUGAUGCUAAGGAUAGAGGGCAAUGUGGGACCUGCUUAACUGCAGAGUUUGCUGACGAGCAUGGCCAAAAUGUAGGCCAAAGUGAUUCUUCGGUUGAUGUUCAGGGGAUUGUAUGUGUCAUUUGCAAACUUGCUGGAAAGCUCUUGCACUGUGGUGGAAAAGGGUGCAAAACCAGUUAUCAUCCUUCAUGUGCAUUGCCUCCUGAGGAGAAUAUAUAUCUUCUAAAUUGCUUCUGUUACGACUGCACUAAGAAAAGGUUGUCCUUUGGUGUCCAUUCAGUUUCGCAAGGCAUAGAAUCAAUUUUGGGUGUUAGAGAAGUGGAAUCGUCAGAUUCUGAAGGUAGACAGAGGCAAAAACAGUUCUUUGUCAAAUAUAAAGGUCUUGCUCAUGUUCAUAAUCGCUGGGUACCAGAGAUACAACUGCUUCAUGAAGACCCAGAACUUUGCUUGAAGCUUGGAACACCCAAAGAGGGAAUACAGUGGAAUCCCUCUUGGGCUGCCCCUCAUCGUCUACUGCACAGAAGAGCAGUAAUUGUUGAUUCUCACCAUAAUGAGUCUGAUCCGGAGGUUAGCCCUGAGUCAAACUGCAAGCAUGAAUGGCUUGUGAAAUGGUGUGGUCUUGAUUACGAUCAAGCUACAUGGGAAUCAGAGGAUUCUCCAUGUUUUAAUAAACCUGAUGCUCAACGGUUGAUUGAUGAAUAUGAAGCACGUCAUAACAAGGCCAGGAAGACAAGCAAUGAGGUUCAAGAAAAAAGAAAGGGAUCACUUAAACUUGGAAAACUUUUGGUUGGAGGAGCUGACAGUUGCUAUGUGAACUCUGUGAAUAAGCUCCGUGAUUAUUACCACAAGGGGCAUAAUGCCGUUUUGCUAGAUGAGCAGGAUAGAUUUGUGAAAGUGGUCUAUCUUGUUUUAUCUCUAGUGAUGGAUGUUUUCCGGCCUUUUCUCAUCAUCACCACAGAGGCAUCUCUGUCUUCCUGGGAGGCUGAGUUUGUGCGAUUGGCGGCAUCUGUCAAUGUUGUGGUUUAUGGUGGAAAUGCAGAUGCACGUAAUAUAAUAAGAAGUCUGGAGUUCUACAAAGAUGAUGGCCAAGUGAUGCUACAAGUACUUAUAUCUACUGUUGAAGCCAUUGCUGAGGAUGUUGAAGACCUGAAAGGCAUUGAAUGGGAAGCUGUUUUGGUUGAUGACUGCCAGCAGUCCUGUAUAUUAGCCCAAUCUGGUUGUAUCAUGAAUUUGGCUACUGGUUGGAGGUUGCUUCUUAUGAAUACCCAAUUGAAGGAUAGCACGGCUGAGUAUUUCAACAUUCUGUCUUUGCUGGAGCCUGGUGGUAGUCAAAAGCCUGGACCAGUUGCUAAUUCCAAUGAAGACAUUAAUGCAUUGAAGGAUAGAUUGUCCUCUUUCAUCAUUUGUGCAAGAUUUUUGGAGUACUGGGUUCCUGUUGAGAUUUCUAAUCUCCAGCUUGAACAAUAUUGUUAUUCAAUAUUGUCAAAUUCAUCCGGGCUUCGCUCAUUUGUGAAAAGUGAUCCUGUCGGCUCCCUCCGUGAUAUUCUUAUUUCAUUACGGAAGUGUUGUGACCAUCCUUACGUCGUGGAUCCGCUAUUGCAAUCUUCACUAGCUGAAGGUCUUACCCAGGAAGCUGUGAUGAAUUUAGGCAUCAGAGCUAGUGGCAAGUUACACCUUCUUGAUAAUAUCUUGUCCGAGUUCAAGAAUCAAGGACGGAAAGUUCUUAUCCUUUUUCAGCCAACUGGUGGUUCUGGAAGGGAUACUACAGGCAACAUUCUUGAGGAUUUUCUCCGUUGGCGAUUUGGUCCAGAUUCUUAUGAGCAUAUUGCAAGUGGAUUACUCUCUUCAAAGAAGCAGGCUGCUUGCAACAAGUUCAACAGUGUGAGAGAGAUAUCCUUUCUUUUACUGGAGACACGAGCUUGCAGUCAGAUUAUUAAACUUAUGCUGGUGGACGCUGUUGUUAUAUUUGAUAGUGACUGGAAUCCUCUUAAUGAUUUAAAGGCACUACAAAAGAUCACAGUAGAUUCAAAGCUUGAGCAGAUAAAAGUCUUUCGAUUGUAUUGUGCUUAUACCAUUGAAGAGAAAGUUCUUAUCCUUGCAAAGAAUAAUACGAUCCUUGACAGCACUUUGCAAAUUAGUCCAAGUAUUAGUCACUUGCUUCUGAUGUGGGGCUCCUCAUAUUUAUUCUUGAGGCUAGAUGAGUUCCAUCAUGAAAAUUUUCCUGAUUCGAAGGACAAUAUUGUUUCCGGAUCUUCAUUGUUGACUGAUGUUAGUCAUGAGAUUGUUUCUCUCUUUCAAAAUCAUAAAAGCAUCCACUCAAGUAAGUAUAUAUCAGUUGCUCGACAAAUUGAUGGAUGUUAUAUCAAGUCUAUACCCUUGAUUGGGGAGCAGAAAAUUCAGUUAGAAGAUGAAAUGCCACCACAUGUAUUUUGGACAAAUUUAUUGGAAGCAAAACAACCUCUGUGGAAGUAUCUUUCAGGUUCAUCUCAUAGAAAUAGGAAGCGAGUUCAAUAUUGCGAGGAGACGUCUUCAGGAGUGCAAAGUGAUGAAGCAGCAAAGAAGCGCAAGAAGAUGGAUACUACUAAAAUAGAUUCUUCUUCUCGACAAGCUGAGGCAAGCCUAGAAAAAUCACAUUCUGGGAAUAAGGAGCAUCAAGCAGAAAAAUCUGGAAUUGCCCAGUCCAGUAACCCGGAAUCCAUGAGAAACAAUGAACUCAAUUCUCAUAAAAACGUUGGUCCUGCCUUGUCUUUCACGAGCAAUGGUAUCUUAGGGGCUCCUGCGAUUGCUGAGUUUAAUGAUAUAAAAAAUCUGCAUAACGAGCAGAGGGGUCAUUUUGAAUUGUUGAAGCCAUCUAUAUUACAGCUUUGUGAAGCUCUGCUGCUUAAGGAUGAUGGGAAGAUAUUGGUUGGGCAAUUUCUCGAGUAUCUCGUAAAAAAUUAUCGGGUCAUCAGAGAGCCUGAGACUAGAUUACAAGCUUUCCUACUCUCAGUGUGUUGGACUGCAGCCGAGGCUCUGAAGAAGGAAAUUGAUCACAAAAAUUCGCUUAAUGUUGUCAAAGAGAAAAUGCGCUUUACUUGCUCAGAAUGUGAGGCUGAAGAUAUGUAUUCAAAGUUGAAGCCAAAAAUGGAUAUGUUUUCCAGGCUGGGAACCAAGAAUUCGCAUACUACUGGUAAUUGUUCCUUAGCGGUCUGUGGUACAAGGAUUAUAUCGAAUGGGAAUGGUGAAGGAUCACCACCAGGUAAUCUGCAAGAUGUAGAGCCUCAAGAAACUUCACUUGGCGUAGAAUUGUUGAAGAAACAAGGUCUUUCACCAGGGCAGACAGAGAAAGAUUUUCAAAAGCAUAUAAAGAAGGUGGAAAAUGGAUGCGAGAAACAAAUGGAGAGGCUGAAGGAUAACCAUAAUGAUGAGAUUAAAGAUUUUGAAAAAUGUUGGGAGGAAAAGAGGAUGGAGCUAGAAAAGUGGUGCAAAGUGCAGUCAGCUGCUAUUCGUGUUACUCAUGCUAAUUCUUCAAUUGGAAAUGAUAAGCUGAGGGCCUUGGAUAAUGAUUAUGCUAAGAAGAGGGAAGAGCUAGAAAUAAAAAUUUCUAUUUGCCGUAAAGACCUGGAAACUAGGCAGCAGAUUGAAAGGCUCGAAGAAGAGAAGAGGAUAGCAAGGUAUAUGGAACGAAUCAAAUCCUUGGAACAUCAAACGCUGUCGGAGGAGUCUCAUGCUAAGAAUGGAGUAAAAUCUCAAGUUACGGAGCCUAAUGGAGGAGGCAAAGAUUCAAAUGGAACUGUUUGUAUGAAUGGGAACCUGCCGCAGCAGCAAUAUCCUGAGAGAAAAGCAUCUAGGACACCAGAGGUUGGUACAAAAUCAGUAGGUUUUGUAUUUGCCGAGUAUCUGGAGAAUACAGAGAAGCAGAGAGUGAGCUGUGAGAAUGAUGGUACUAGCACAUGUUCACCAGAACAGCCUGGUGACUGUACUAGACAGACUGAGAAAGAAGAUACCAACCUAAUGGAUGAUGCAGUAGUAGAUAGGUCAACUGCUCUAGCAAGCAACCAAAUUAGUUCAGCCAGCAUAACAGGGUCGUUGCCUUCUCCAGUUGGUUCGGUGGCAAAGCAGCUAACUGCUGAUAUGAGCCAGGGGCUUGGAAAUGAAUGUCAUCCUGGGGUGGGAGAGCAAGUGUUGCAUGCUACAGCGGCCCAUAAUACUUUGUGUCUGGGUGAAUCAUCGUCAUUACAUUGUUCCGACCGCAUACCGUCCGACCUUCCACAUAAUGAAGGAACACAUGCAUCUGUUGAGUCUUCCUCCCGUGAAUGCAUAACACGUUCAUGUCCCGUUAAUGAAAUAACAGUUGUUCCAAAUGGUAGGCUUAAUAAUCAGCCAAGUGAAAGUCAUACAUCUAUUGGGGGUAUUAUGAUCCCAAGGCAUCAGGAUCACAACAGUGCCAGUGUCUUAGGUGAAGCUGUUUCACAGCCCAUCCCACAGUUGGCAGCUGAUCAGGUUGUUGAUGCAAGUCAUAUUCGGAAUAAUGCUUCUGCAUCAGUAGCAAGAGCUAUUCCUGCGCAUGCCAGCCAUGCAAAUCGAAUGCUAGUACCUAUUGCUACUAUGCCCAGGGCUCCAAUAUCCAACUAUUCUGAUCCACUUCAAAAUGAAUUUGAUAAAAUGCGUAAUGAGAUGGGCAAUAUCAUGCUUAUUCAUGAGCAAAUGAAGUUGCAGCUGAAAUCAGAAUGUGAUAAAGAAAUUGAGGAACUCGUUGCUCGGAUUAGAAGAAAGUAUGACAAGAAGCUUGAUGAAGCUGAGGCAUCAUUCUCACUUAAGAGGAAUGAACUUGAAACGUGGCAGAACAAGGUCAUGAUGAAUAAGAUGCUGGCAGAGGCCUUCCGAUCUAAAUGCACAGACUAUAAGGCCGCACCAAGGCUGCAACAAUUAGGCAUUGCGUCCAGUUCAUUGGAGAGCGCCUCUCAAUUACAUUAUGUAAGACCUAUCUCUGCUGGGGCUGCAUUUUCUGUCACAUCACCUGCCAUUGGCUCUUCCAGUGCUGCAUCACCUAUGCGGACUGUUCGCCCCACUAUGGCCUUAAGCACACAGGCUAGUGUCCCUCGCACCAACCCUGUAACAACAACUGCAGGACAGCAGCAGCAAGUUAGGCGUGAAGCACAUGCUUCAGCUCCUCACAUUCAGCCCUUCCUAUCUGCUUCAUCGGCCAUAUUAUCCAACAGCAUGCCUGCUGGUAAUGUGUUGAUGGUGCAGCCAUCUGACAUCCCAACAUCUAACUCGGCACCACACCUCCCACCGCAGCCACUUCCAUUCCCACCGUCAACGCAGUUAAAAUCUCAUGGCCAGUCUCACCAAGAUGAAUCGAUGGGAGGUGGGGCACGGCUUAGUUUAUCUUUGAGUGCAACAGAGUUGCUUAUGGAUCUUGAAAGGCUACAUGAUGCAAAUCUUCGUCAAACUUCGGGCAAUGUGCCCUCUUUGCCAGAUAAUGUACGGAAUUCAGAGUCUUGGGACAUUUCUCAAUUUGAGGGCGCAAUAAAUCUUCAGCUGCCGACAUCUGAUGUAGUUUGUUUAUCUGAUGACGAGUAAUUAUUUUGACAUACUGUUACUCUUAACCAUUUUUUUUUUGUAGCGUCUCACCUAAUUCCAGUUAGGGGUUAAGAAUCAAGCCCGUGGGGUGCAAGCUGUAUAUAGUCGCUGCUGCUAUGUAGUAUCAGAUAAUGUAACUAAUAUUAAUUUGCAAGUGAUGUAUUUGAGGCUGGUGCGCUCAUGAUCA